GAAAAACCUCAAAAUAACGCCUUUCAUGGUGCUAUGUCCACUCCACUGAUUCUCCGAGCCUUAAAACAUGGCAUCGAAAAUGGGUUCAGGAGAACUCAGCUGAUAACUACUGGGAUUUUUCCAUUACCCAUUUCCCAACUCCUGAAUCUUGCAAAUUUUCAAACGCCACCUUCAAUUUUGUAUUUCUUUAUAGCAAAUCGGUCCCCCCUUUUCCUCUUCUCUCGUGGGUUGUUCCUUUUUGCGCUCUUUUCCCUUUCCUCACUGUAAAUCUCUCUCUUUUCGUCUCUCUCUCUCUUCUGGGUUCGGCUUUCUGAAAAGACAAAAAAAGGACCCAUAAAAGAGCUAGAGAGAGAGAGCUCUCUCAACCCUCAAUCACAGCCUCAGCCUCAAUCCUCAUGAUGGGAUCUUUAAUGGUGGCGGAAUACAAUGUGUCCUUUAUUGCUUCAAAGAUGUUGGUCUUUUGGUGGUAAUGUGGAGGGCUGAGUACUUUCACCAUGGCUGCUGAUUCUUCCUUUGAUGGUGCCCUUUUUGAUUCGUCAAAAUGUAGUAAACUGACUAUGCAAGAGAAGAGAGAACUCGUGUAUGAAAUUUCGAAGUCCCACGGGGCAUGUGAGAUGCUGCAGUCAUGGAGCCGUCAAGACAUUCUACAAGUCCUGUGUGCAGAGAUGGGAAAAGAAAGAAAAUACACUGGAUUGACGAAGCAGAAAAUAAUAGAGCAUCUUCUCAGACUAGUGUCCGAAAAGAAGUCAUCGGUGCCUGAGGUUUCAAAAAACCUUGAGCCGCAGUCUCCUGUAGUUGGCCAUAAAACUGCCAAAAGGCAAAGGAAAUCUGAUCAUCCAUCUCAGCUUUCUAUUCCCACUAGCGAACUCCCAAUGAGUAGUUCUCAUAAUGAUUCUGGUUCUACAGCAAGCUGCAAAAACUUGGCCUGUCGAGCGACUUUAAAUCCAGAAGAUGCAUUUUGUCGAAGGUGUUCGUGCUGCAUCUGUCAUCAGUAUGAUGACAACAAGGAUCCAAGCUUGUGGAUAAGUUGCAGUGCAGAGCCUCCAUUUCAAGGCGAUUCGUGCAACAUGUCAUGCCAUCUUGAGUGUGCUUUGAAAGAUGAAAGAUCGGGAAUUUCGAUUGGCAGACGUAGCAUGGGAAUUGAUGGGAGCUUCUAUUGUGUGUCCUGUGGGAAAUUGAAUGAUUUGCUAGGGUGCUGCAGAAAACAACUAGUUCACGCAAAAGAUACAAGGAGGGUCGAUAUACUCUGUUACCGUGUCUCUUUGAGCCAGAAGCUUCUCUAUGGAACUGAAAAGUAUAAAAUGCUUUAUCAGAUCGUCAAUGAUGCAGUGACGAAGCUUGAAGCUGAAGUGGGGCCAAUAGUUGGGGUACCUGUGAAGAUGGGUCGAGGUAUUGUAAACAGGCUUUCAUCGGGACCCGAAGUUCAGAAACUCUGCGGUUCCGCUAUUGAGUUACUGGACUCAAUGCUCUCCAGCCAAUCCUUGCAUCUUUUGCCUAAUCCUGAGAUACAAGAUUCAAAUUUUAUUCCCCCGAACAUGGUUAGAUUCGAAGAUGUUCGGUCAACAUCCCUCACUCUGGUUUUGAGUGGUGAAUAUGGGUCCUCUGUAAAUGGGGUCGGUUUCACCUUAUGGCAUCGUAAGGCAGAUGAUGCAGAUUAUCCAACAGAACCGACAAGUAUUCUACAACCGAAGGCGAGGUUUGUUGUGACGGGACUAUUACCUGCUACUGAAUAUCAUUUCAAAAUAUUGCCUGUUGAGGGGACUCGAGAGUCGGGAAAGUUUGAAGUUCAGUACUCAACAAUCAGUGAGGUAGAAGAGAGCCCGGACUGCUUAGAAAUUGAGAGAAGCCAAAGCCACGCAACCAACUGUAGCAACCUUUCUAAUCCUUCCUCGGUUGAAGAUGAAACUACGGACAUUCUUCCCUAUGGCAAUCAAACCGUAGGAAAGAACUCUACCGCUCAUUCGAAGGGCAUCGAAAUGCUUUCCUCUGCUAUUUUAUCAACUGAUGCUUGUAACCACAGUGACAAUGGUGAAGAAGGGACACCUGUAGGUACAGUUUCUGUUCUGGAUGAGGAAAAUGCUGCAGGAACAAUUGCUUCAAAGCUCGAAAACAAGCACGGACCACCUGGCCUGAAACACAACACCAAUAAUCAGUUAAGUGCCCUUCUUCGGUCUGGGACAGGAUGCGAGCCAUUCGUUGGCUGUUCCGAAGAUGGCUUGCCUAUUACUCCCUGCAAGCUUGAAGUACUCAAGGACAGUCUUGGAAGGACUGAGAGACUGAAAUCCAACUGCAAGGACCUUGACAACAGAACUCGGAAAGGAGGGGAACCCCAAGAUGGUGGCACAUCGAAGAUGAGAACUGGGGAAAGGCAGGACGACAAGUGUGCUGAAAAUGGUGUCUCGGAUCGGGAUUUUGAGCACUACGUGAAGGUAAUUCGGUGGUUAGAGUGCGAGGGACAUAUCGAAAAGAAUUUCAGGCAGAAGUUUCUCACUUGGUACAGCCUGAGAGCAUCCCAACAAGAAGUAAAGAUUGUGAAGGUGUUUGUAGACACCUUUAUUGAUGAUCCAGCAUCGCUUGCAGAACAACUUAUAGAUACUUUUUCCGAAAGCAUUUCAAGCAAAAAACCGACAACUACUCCGCCCGGGUUCUGUAUGAAGCUGUGGCACUGAUUGCCGUCUCUUGCUUUUCUGAUAUGAAGAAGUUUGAAUUCACAGCUGUUUAAAGGUAUGAUGGGAGCCAUUCUUUGGACAUCAAAAAUAUUUCUUAGUUCAGACUCAACAUUUCUAUUCAUCAUAUUGUGACCAUGUAAAUAUUGAAUGUAUUCUUUCUUUUCAAUAUAUAGCAUGGUGGAUUUGGUUAAUAAUUUGAGAAGA